AUGUCGCCAAUAGUUCACUUUGUGCGCCACGCUCAAGGCGUCCACAAUCUCAGCCAUGCAAACCACCAUUUACUCGACCCCGAACUGACCCCCUUGGGAGAAGAGCAAGCCCGUGCCUUGGGUGUUGGGUUCCCUGCGUUGGAAAAUAUUCAACUGAUUCUGUCAUCGCCACUGCGGCGCACCAUUCAGACCGCACUGCUGGCGUUCUCCUCGCAGGUGGGGGCCGGCCUACAGGUUAUCGCCUGGCCAGAGGUGCAGGAAGCAAGCGAUCUCAACUGUGACACUGGUAGUGACCUGCUUGAUAUUAAGGCCGAGUUUGAGAAACUGCCGGUAGAUUUUACUCUCGUAGAGCCUGGCUGGCACAUUAAGCAAGGCAAAUGGGCUCCAGCCGCGGGCAGGCUUUUAGAGAGAGCUCAACUGGCACGGCAGUGGCUGAGCCAGCGACCUGAAAAGGAGAUCGUGGUGGUUUCGCAUGGCUGUUUUCUGCAUUUUCUUACAGAUGACUGGGUGAAUGCCGACAAUUUACAUGUAACGGAUUGGGCUAAUGCUGAGGUUCGCUCCUUUGCCUUUGUACAUGAGGAUGGGAGGCCGGUUUUAUGUGAGACAAUAGAAUCUAGGGAAAGACGAGGAUUGGGACCAGUUGCCCUUACUAAAGAACAACGGCUAGAGUUGCAGCGGAUGAAACUGCAAACUUGGAUCAAAUGGGGUGUUAUAUUGGCGUGA